AUGACCGACUACAGCAAGAAGACCAACGCCGAAUUGGUCGAGAUCCUCAAAGCUCGAUCGCUCCCCCACACCGGCAAAAAGGCCGACAUGGUUUCGCGCCUUCAAGAAAACGACGGAAACAAGCCCGCCGAUGCUACUGCGACUGACGCUGCUGCGCCCGCCGCCAAGACCGACACCGAGGACGUCAUCGACUGGGACGACGAGCCUUCAGAGACACCCGCGCAAGCUUCCACAGAAACCGGAGCUGCCGCAAUCGCCGCUGGCGGACAAGGCGCAGUCCCUAACCCUGUCGCCGUGCCCAACCAGAAGCUCGACGAGGACCCUGCCACAACCGACGACCUCAAGGUUGAAUCGACCGGCGCUGCGCCCGAAGCCGCCACCCAAGCCGAAGCCCCUGUUGAACAGAAGCCUGCUGUCGACUACACCCGCGGACUCCCUACAACCGAUCUGGAAGCAGAACUGGCCAAGCGCAAGGCCCGCGCCGCGAAGUUCGGAAUUGUCGAGGAUGAUGAGACGGCGUUGAAGGAGGCUACAAAGCAACUCGAACGCGCUCAACGAUUCGGUACUGGAGUCGAGGAAACUGGGGUCAGCCGUCUUGAUCAGGCGCUUCCUGAUGAGCGGCCUCGCAAGCGCGGGAAUGAUUCUCGCGAUGGCCGUGGUGGCAAGAGACGCGACACCGGUCGCAACCGCAAUCGCCGUGGCGAUGGCAACCGGAAUCGCAACCCGGACGGCAACAAGACCAACGCUGGUGUGAAGAAGCCCAAUGCGGGUGGCAAUGCACAGAAGACCUGGAGCGAGAAGGACAAUGCAGCCAUGGAGGCUCGUAAGAAGCGCUUUGCUGCUGCGGCUUAA